GGUUGCAGACGGACAAGCGGACUAGUGGCUGACAGGAUACCGCUGAGUAACGACGCAAUUUUCGUGAAAAGACUUCGAUUCCUUAGCACGAAAACAGGAAAGAGUAUUACAUCUGAGUUCCUUCAUACAUUAUCGUGAAUUCGUUAUCACAACUGUGCAACAACAUGACACCAACAGUGAAGCUUAAUAAUAAUUACGAUUUUCCUGUUAUUGGACUCGGGACAUACAAUGCUGGUAAAGAAGGCGAGGUAGAGCAAGUCGUGAAAGAUGCUAUCGACGUGGGGUAUCGCCACAUUGAUGGAGCAAUGGUAUACGAAAACGAAAAGGAAGUUGGAGCAGCAAUCAAUGCCAAAAUCGCGGAGGGCGUCAUUAAGAGAGAGGACAUUUUUGUCACCAGUAAGCUGUGGAACACAUAUCAUAAGCCCGAACUGGUACAACAAGGUUUAAGGAAAACGCUGGCAGACCUGGGACUCAAGUACCUGGACCUGUAUCUCAUGCACUGGCCAUUUGCAUUUAAGGAAGGAGAAGUUCUGAUGCCAAAAGACGAAAACGGCCAAUUGAUACCUAGCGAUGUGGACUAUGUGGACACAUGGAAGGAGAUGGAGGAGUGUGUGAAGUCAGGUCUUACCAAGAGCAUUGGUCUGUCAAACUUCAACAGUGAACAGAUACAGCGAGUGCUGGACAUUGCUACCAUCAAACCAGUUGUCAACCAGGUUGAGUGCCACCCAUACCUGAACCAAAGCAAGCUGAUUGCCUUCUGUAAGGAGCGGGGGAUUGUGAUAACGGCCUACUGUCCCCUGGGUAGCCCCAACAGCAUUGCUAGAGCAGAUUUUCCUGCACCUCUUAAAGAUCCGACACUACAAGAAAUUGCCAAGAAACAUGGAAAGAGUGUAGCUCAAAUUAUUCUCAGAUAUCUGAUCCAACAUGGUACAGUACCAAUUCCCAAGUCGUCUAACAAGAGGCGUCUCCAGGAGAAUAUCGGCGUGUUCAACUUCGAAUUGAGUGAGCAAGAGGUCGCUUCUAUCGAUGCCCUGAAUAGGAACGCCAGAAUUUGUGUCUUUGCCGAAUACCAUAAGCUGUACCCAUUCAACGUCGAAUUCUGAAGAAGGAAGAGCCGAAAAUAUCAAUUUUGCAUCAACAGUGAAACUUUAUGUUGUGCAUCUUGUUGUGUAUGUGGUGUUACAAUUUUUUACCGUCACAUAACAGCGUAUGAUUAAUUAUUGUAUAACAAAACGAUUGAAAUCGAGUGAAAUUGAAUCAGUGUUUAUUAUAUUGACCACACAACAUGUUCAGGUCUCUGCUGACCAUCAUUACGUGUGUAUGAACAAAAACAGUAAAUAUAUAAAGUUCAUGCUGAAUUAAAUCAUAAAAGUUGAUCCUUUUUUUUUUGCAACAUCUUAGAUUAUAAGUUGUGUAAAUGUUUAGGAGUGAAUAUAAGAAAAUAUAUUUGUAAUGUUAUACAAUUAUUAUGGUUAUUAUUACAAUUAGUACAGUGUUUGUGUAUAAUGGAAUUAAAUUCAUCUACACUGUGCUCUGUCUGUAAUUGGCCUUGCGGCUGUUGACAUGGCACAUAAAUAAUAAAGAAUUGA